GUAGGAGUUUGCAAACCACUAUGUAAAUAGGCUCCAUAUCAUAACUAUCUUAGAUCAGCUGUGGUAGAGGUUAACUUUGGUUGUGACACCAGCAAUUCAGGGAUUCAAUCUGUGAAACAAUCAACAAUUAAACAGAGGUUGGAGAGAAAGAGGGAGGGAAGAAAUGAAAGGAAGGGGAAACAAUUCAUUGCAUUGUGUCCGCUGGCUCAUGCUUGGACUAGUUUCAGCUGAAUAGCAGAAAAGGACAGGCCAAAAGCAGAAAAGCACAGGCCAAAAAGAGGCAGAAAGGGAAGGACUAGCCUUUUCAAUGAUCAGACCCUGAAAGACAAGGUGCCUUCAGUGCAUACAUUUUUUUUUGCCUUGAAAGCCAUAUUUGCCUUUUCAUUACACACCCACACACGUGGCAAUGCUGAAGAAGAAAAAGGAUGGUGAAGGCAGUGGUCAGCCCUGUGUGAAAAAGAUCCAGUUUGCAGACCAGAAACAGGAGUUCAACAAGCGACCCUCCAAGAUUGGCCGACGUUCUCUGUCUCGCUCCAUUUCCCAGUCCUCCACAGACAGCUACAGCUCAGCAGCGUCAUACACAGACAGCUCUGAUGAUGAGACGUCUCCUCGUGACAAACAGCAGAAGAACUCCAAGGGCAAUGGAGACUUCUGCAUCAAAAACAUCAAACAGGCAGACUUUGGACGCAGAGAGAUCGAGAUUGCAGAGCAAGAGAUGCCAGCUCUGAUGGCUCUGAGGAAGCGUGCCCAGGGUGAGAAACCCCUCGCUGGUGCCAAGGUGGUGGGCUGCACCCACAUCACUGCCCAGACUGCUGUGCUGAUGGAGACUCUGUCAGCUUUGGGGGCUCAGUGUAGAUGGGCAGCCUGCAACAUUUACUCCACUCAGAAUGAAGUGGCUGCUGCCCUGGCAGAAGGAGGUUUCAGUGUAUUUGCAUGGAAGGGUGAGUCAGAGGAUGACUUUUGGUGGUGCAUCGAUCGCUGCGUCAACGUGGAAGGCUGGCAGCCCAACAUGAUCUUGGAUGAUGGUGGAGAUCUCACUCACUGGAUCUAUAAGAAAUACCCCAACAUGUUCAAGAAAAUCAAGGGUAUUGUAGAAGAGAGCGUUACUGGAGUACACCGGUUGUACCAGCUGUCAAAGGCAGGGAAGCUCUGUGUUCCAGCCAUGAACGUCAAUGACUCAGUGACCAAGCAGAAGUUUGAUAACCUCUAUUGCUGCAGGGAGUCCAUCCUAGAUGGCCUGAAGAGGACCACCGAUGUCAUGUUUGGAGGCAAACAGGUGGUGGUGUGUGGAUAUGGAGAGGUGGGAAAAGGCUGCUGUGCUGCACUUAAAGCAAUGGGCUCCAUCGUAUAUGUCACAGAGAUCGAUCCAAUCUGUGCCUUGCAGGCCUGCAUGGAUGGCUUCCGGCUGGUGAAGCUUAACGAAGUCAUGAGACAAGUGGACAUUGUCAUCACCUGCACAGGUAAUAAGAAUGUGGUGGUGAGAGAAAACCUGGACCGCAUGAAGAAUGGCUGCAUUGUCUGCAACAUGGGACACUCCAACACUGAGAUUGAUGUGGCAAGCCUGCGGACUCCUGAACUGACCUGGGAGAGAGUGCGCUCACAGGUGGACCACGUCAUCUGGCCCGAUGGCAAAAGGAUAGUCCUGCUGGCUGAGGGUCGUCUGCUGAACCUCAGCUGUUCCACUGUGCCCACGUUUGUGCUCUCCAUCACAGCCACGACCCAGGCACUGGCUCUGAUAGAGCUGUACAAUGCACCAGAGGGACGCUACAAACAAGAUGUUUACCUGCUGCCCAAGAAGAUGGAUGAGUACGUGGCCAGCCUCCAUCUCCCCACAUUUGACGCACAUCUUACAGAGCUGACUGACGAGCAGGCCAAGUAUCUGGGCUUGAACAAGAACGGGCCCUUCAAGCCAAACUACUAUAGGUAUUAAACAGUGUUGGUGUUGGACUGAGAAACCCCCACUACUUCAUGAAUCGCACAGACUUGUAAUGAGGAGGAGGAAGAGGAAGAUGAGGAUGACCGAUGGAAGGAUGGACAGAAAAGUCAACACUUCUGCUUUAUAUUGUGGGGAGGGGGAGGAGCUUCGACUGAGCCUGACGGGGAAAAGAGGGCAGAGGGUUGAGGCUUUCCCUGCACUUAUGGCAGUUGUUUUAUUUAUUCAAGCUUGACAACAACUAAAAUCACAUUAACUCUAAGUUCAUGGAGCUGCUCCUGCCAUUCACCAUUCGGUAGCUCUGUUAAAAAACAUCUUCUGGAAGAUGAUUUGUCUCCUCCUACUCGUCAUUUGACCACCAUUAUCUCUCUCUCUCUUUAGGCGCUCAUUUUUGUGUCAAGUUCUAUAUAAAUCCUCCCUCCUUGUUUCCCAUUGCCAGAUCUUUUAUUGUUUAACUAUUAAAGAUAUUGACGCUAAACAGAUAUAUACUAUAUAGAAAAAAAACUUGAUUUAAAAAAUCUGUGCGAAUGAAGAUGAACUCUGAAGAUUUAGUGAGACACAUUUUCCUGUUUUUUUUUUUUUCUUUUUGUUGUUUUCUUUUCUACUUGUGAUUGUUUUUGUUUUCUCUUGUGUAAUAUUUGUGAGGGCGGGGUUAGACAUAGUGGGUGGGGUUAGGCGGGAUCUCAGGGUCCAAUCAUAUCAUUACUUUUAUUUGAUUGUUUCAUUGAGAUUCACAGUUUGUGUUUUUAAACUUUUUUUUUUUUUUACAUGUUCUUUCCCUUCAGAUCAGCCUGUAGUUUGUCGGCUUCUAAUUUUAACGUGACUGCACCGUGGCCGGUCUUUCCCACCUGUCACUCAAAGUGAAACCAUCUCAUUGGCUGUUUUUUCUCGCCUCUUAGCUGCUCACAUAAUGCCAGUGUUGAAGUAAUGCAAAGUAUUUCAAUCUAGUGAGAACCUUUCAUUUUUGUCUGUUCCUUUUAUCAGCUAUUACUGUACUGUAUUAGAGGCAUUGCAGGUUGUCAGAUCAUUACAAGGGGUAUACUGUAUAUCUAGAUAUUUAUAUAAAAACACAGAUUUUCUAUCUUUCUCUCUUCUGCACCACCUUAUAUCUUUACUUUUAGGGAAAAAUCGAUGUAUGUUAUAAAGAUAAGAAACUGAGUGUCCUAAUUACUUAAUAAUACAUGUACUAAAACACUCAUUUUGAAUACUGUGACAAUAUUUACAGAGAAACCAAAUGUGCAGAAAGUUGCUGUAAGCCUGGUACUUCAGUUCAAUUCUCCAGUCAGGUCCUCUUUAAAGCAUGGUGCUGUUAAAUCCUGUACUAUCACAUACCAUAAGUCUUUGGUACUCUUUUGUUAUAGUUAAGGGGUUCAAUUACACCAUGGUUUGUUUUUCUCCAUCCAUCUAAACUCAACUGCUGUCUCUUAAUAAUUUGCAUUCCAAGAUUUCUUCGUUUUUAUAAGGUGCCCUGUCUAUUAGGCAUACUUGCCUUGGUUUAUUUUAGUUUCUGUACUUUUCCCCACCUGAAAGAUUUCAUUCUUUCAGGAUAAUGAGCUGAACAGUUGUCAUCCUCAGCUGCCUGUCCCAGUAGACCUUACUGUGGAAAUUCAAGUCCCGACAGUCAUUUCACCUGACAGCCAGAGCAUUCUGUCGCUACUGGCGCUACACCUGAACCAAUCAGAUUCUCUGCUCUCCUGCUGGGAGACAUUGCCAGCUCUGCAACUCUCAACAACUCUGACAGAGUGGGGCCACAAACAUAACACACAAGCGCUGCAGCUCACUAUCCUGAUCUGAAAAUUUACCUUAAAAAGAUGUGAUGAACACAUCAUUACUUAAGUACAAGCAUGCCCAUCGGUUUUAUGUGAUCUUUAUGUGGCAUUGUGCCAUGAGUGUACACAACAGAAAAACAACCAAAGGCAUUAAAUCUAACAAAAACUCUCACAUUUUUAACUUGUGUAAUAACCUCUCGGAUGAAUUUUCUGUAUGGCCAUAAACCAAUAUGUAAUAACAAGAGUGUAUACUGUGUCACAGCACAUACAGUCUCCAUGUCACACCGUUUCCUGCUGAUGUACAUGCAUUUCUCUGUCCUUGUGCUGUUGAGAAUCCCUUCUUAAAGUAGAGUGACUUGUUGUCUGUGUAGUUCCUCAACCUUUUGUCUUGAGCCUUAUUUUUCCCCUUGUAUCUGUGUGAAUGUGUUAAUGACUAAAUGACAUCUUGAGCGAAAGAUGAGGUGGUGAAGAUGAUUGUGUGUCUAAGGUCAUCACAUGUGGUACACAUCCUUUUAUUUUUUGUAGGCCAUGGUUGCUUUGUUAACAGCUGCCUCAGGAUCCUAGCCUGUGUGUUAGGGGGAGAACAUUUUUAUUUUGUCAGCCGUAAGCUGACCAACACUGGGUGGGCGUGGGAAGACACCAGCAUCGUAUAUGUAUAUACAUACUAUAUACAGAUAUGACAACCUUUAAAAGUAUGGGAAGGAAAAGAAGAAUCAACUCCUGUAUUUAUUGUUAUAAAUCCUCAUACAGUGCAAACUGGCAAAUUCUCAAACAUGUUUUAAGUUGUCUAAUAAAGAAAAAAACCUAUGUUUAAAUAUUGCUAGUGAUAAUUGUAGAUGAUAAGCAAUAAUUAAAAAAUUCUGUAAUCUCAAUGAAUAAAGAUGUAAAAAUUGUA